AUGGCACCUGAGGACAUGGAAAAGACCGCAUUUAUUACACCUUGGGGUACGUUCUGCUAUAGAGUGAUGCCUUUCGGUUUGAAGAACGCCGGUGCCACUUACCAAAGAGCCAUGACAACCCUCUUCCACGAUAUGAUGCAUAAAGAGAUUGAAGUUUAUGUUGAUGAUAUGAUUGCCAAGUCUAACACCGAAGAAGAUCACGUGGUAUACUUAUUGAAGUUGUUUGAGCGUUUGAGAAAAUACAAGCUCCGCUUGAACCCAAACAAAUGCACUUUUGGUGUUAGGUCUGGAAAGCUGUUGGGUUUCAUUGUCAGCCAGAAGGGCAUUGAAGUCGAUCCGGACAAAGUUAGAGCUAUCCGUGACAUGCCCGCACCGAGAACUGAGAAACAAGUCAGAGGUUUUCUUGGGCGUUUGAACUACAUCUCCAGGUUUAUAUCUCACAUGACUGCCACAUGUGGGCCAAUCUUCAAGUUGCUUCGGAAAGAUCAGAGCAUUGUAUGGAAUGAUGAUUGCCAGAAAGCUUUUGACAGUAUCAAAGAGUAUUUACUUGAGCCUCCUAUCUUGAUCCCACCAGUGGAGGGUAGACCCCUAAUCAUGUACCUAACUGUUUUGGAAGAGUCUAUGGGUUGUGUCCUUGGACAACAAGAUGAUACUGGAAGGAAAGAACACGCCAUCUAUUAUUUGAGCAAGAAGUUUACUGAUUGUGAAUCCCGCUAUACGUUACUUGAGAAGACCUGCUGCGCUUUGGCUUGGGCAGCAAAGCGUCUCCGAAGGAUUGCUCGCUGGCAGAUGUUACUGUCUGAAUAUGACAUAGAGUACCGUGCGCAGAAAGCUAUCAAGGGAAGCAUCUUAGCGGAUCACUUGGCUCACCAGCCUAUUGAAGAUUAUCAAACAGUUAAAUUCGAUUUCCCCGACGAAGAUGUCAUGUAUCUGAGGAUGAAAGAUUGUGAAGAGCCAGGCCCUGAGGAGGGACCUGAACCUGGAUCCCGAAUUUGUUUUGAGUGCACGAACAAUAUAGCAGAGUACGAGGCUUGUAUCAUGGGUCUUGAAGAAGCUAUUGAUUUGAGAAUUAAAAUUCUCGACGUGUAUGGGGAUUCGUCAUUGGUAAUUAAUCAGAUUAAAGGUGAAUGGGAAACUCGUCAUCCGGGGUUGAUCCCAUACAGAGACUAUGCUAGACGUUUGCUACCGUUCUUCAACAAAGUCACUUUUCAUCAUAUACCUAGAGACGAAAACCAGAUGGCAGAUGCUCUGGCCACCUUGUCUUCCAUGUACAAAGUGAAUGCCCAUAAUGAAGUGCCUCGCAUCACAAUUAGACGCCUCGAUAGGCCUUCCCAUGUCUUCACAACGGAAACUGAGAUAGAUAACAAACCAUGGUAUCAUGAUAUAAAGUGUUUCCUCAAAAAUCAUGAAUACCCACCUGAGGCAUCAAGUAAAGACAAGAAGACUUUAAGGAGAUUAGCAUUCAACUUUUUCUUCAAUGGGGAUGUUUUGUACAAAAGGAACUAUGACAUGUUUGUGAAGAGGUGCCACAAAUGUCAAAUUUAUGCCGAUAAGAUACACGUGCCCCCAACUUUGCUCAACGUCAUUUCUUCCCCAUGGCCAUUCUCUAUGUGGGGAAUUGAUAUGAUUGGCAUGAUUCAACCCAAAGCUUCGAAUGGUCAUCGUUUUAUAUUGGUCGCCAUUGAUUACUUCACCAAGUGGGUUGAAGCGGCUUCGUACGCCAAUGUGACCAAACAAGUAGUUGUCAAGUUCAUCAAAAACCAAAUCAUCUGCAGAUAUGGUGUUCCGAAUAAGAUUAUCACUGAUAAUGGCUCUAACUUGAACAACAAUAUGAUGAGGGAACUCUGUGAAAGCUUCAAGAUCGAGCAUCACAACUCUUCUCCAUACAGACCUAAGAUGAAUGGUGCUGUUGAAGCUGCUAACAAAAAUAUUAAGAAGAUCUUGCAAAAAAUGGUGGUUACAUAUAAGGAUUGGCAUGAGAUGCUUCCUUUUGCCUUACAUGGAUACCGUACGUCUGUCCGAACUUCAACAGGGGCAACUCCUUUCUCUUUGGUCUAUGGGAUGGAAGCAGUACUCCCGGUAGAAGUAGAGAUCCCGUCAAUGAGAGUCUUGAUGGAAGCCAAGUUGACUGAGGCUGAAUGGUGUCAAAACAGGUUUGAUCAGUUGAAUCUAAUUGAGGAAAAGAGAUUGACAGCCCUAUGUCAUGGUCAGCUAUAUCAGAAGAGACUAAAAAAGGCAUUUGACAAGAAGGUCAAACCUCGAGAGUUUAGAGAAGGUGAUCUUGUACUCAAGAAGGUCUUGUCCUUUCAACCUGAUCCUAGGGGCAAGUGGGCGCCAAAUUAUGAAGGUCCGUAUGUUGUUAAGAGGGCUUUCUCUGGAGGCGCCAUGAUCCUAGCAACCAUGGAUGCGACCAAGGACUCCUCAUCAAAUACGAUUUCGACUAAAGUGAGAGCACGGAUAGAAUUCAAAGUUGUUAGGGGAAGUAGUGAUCAUUGUAUUUCAAUGUAG